AUGUAUAGAUUCAAGCUAUUUUUAGGAGUUUGUGCAGCGAAUCGAUUGCUUUUCAAGGAGUCACAAGUCUUUACGAAUCCGGAACCAGGUUUCUACGAUGAGAUCGACAGCCUUAACGUCAGUGCGGUUGCUGUUGAAGGCAAUACAGCCUCCAACGGUACUCCACCAGAUGAUAACGAUGUAGACAGUGAUAACUCGGAUUCUGAAAGUAAUUCAAGUGAAAGGAAGGAAGAUGAGGAUCUUUCUGGAUUCCGUGGUGAUUCUCCUUCUGAAACUGGAAAGCGUGAAAAGACCUUGCUCAAGAAGACAAGACGGGUUCCCGUGCUGCCUGCUCUUUACACUUGCAUAAUUCGUUGUUGCCUCGAUAAGGCCUCUUCUGUUCGUGUGAGAGCAAUGUACCAUUUAGCAUCACUGUUGAGCAGUGUUGAACAUGGCGUUCAGUUAUGUAACCGUGCUACGCUUAUGGUAAGUAUGCUCGAGUUUCUUCCAGGUUUUGAAGUGUUUUGCUUUUUUUGUUGGUGCGCUUCUGUUUUCACGCAGUCUUUGCGGAUGAAAUUCUUUCUGAUGAGGGAUUGAUC